AUGGGCGCGGGAGGCUACGGCGGCCCGCCCCCCUUCAACGCCAGCCCGUUCCCAGGCUUCCCAGGCGUGCCCGCGAACUUCGGUCAGAUGGGCAUGCCCCCGCUGGGCGUCAUGCCCAACCAGCAGAUGUCUCAGCCGGGAGCCAUGGCCUACGGCGUCGCGCCUGCGCAGCCUUACCCUGGGGAGGUGCAGCAGGGCGCCUGCGCGGGGGGCUACCACGAGCAGGGGCGGCGCGGCGACGGCAGGGGGCGCGGCGACGGCGGAGGACGCGGCCGCGGCGACGGACGCGGUAGGGGCGGCCCUGGCGCUGGAGGACCCGGCGGCGGCAGAGGUGGCAAAGCAGGAGACCGGAAGGGAUGCGUCGGCAAGGCCGGAGGCGGCAAGGGCGGCGGCGGCGCCAAGGGCGGCGAGGGCGGCUGCAAAGGCAGCGGCCGCGGCCGCGGUGGCGACGGCGGCUUCGCCGGCGCCGCUGAAGCGCCCGCCCCCGGCGCCGCCCCCGGCGCCGGGGGGGGCAGGGGCGGCCAGCCGAGGGGCGACCGUCCGCCCAGGGCGGAGCGCGGCAAGGAUGGAGAAGGCAAGGGCCGUGGAAAGGGCAAGGAUGCCAGAAAGGGCCUCCCUGGUGGCAAGAUGGGCAUGCCGGGCAUGCCGCUGAUGGGAAAAGGGUGUUUCAAGGGAAAAGGCAUGGGCAAGGGGAAGGGAAAGAGCACAAGCCUGAUGCGGUGGGUGGAUCCCGCACUGAAGGUCUGGAUCGGCAACCUGGCUGAUAACACAUCUUGGAAGGAUCUGCAGACGCACAUGAACCAGGCUGGAGCGACGAAGUGGGUGGAAGUCUUCUCCGGCAGGGGCAAGGGUACAGGUGCAGCUGUCUACUCGACGGAAGAGGAGGUGGCCAAGGCGAUCGAGGAGCUGAACGGCAAGGAGUUCGGUGACCCACCGGUGGCCCUCGAGGUGGACGUGUGGGUGAAACAG